UCAAAUGUGCUCCAGGCAGAUUCAGUGCCCUGUGAAGCGUGGAGUUAGCAACAUCUCUUCCUUAAAUAGUUCUAUUAAAUGCUAAAUUUUGUCAUGCUCUGAUAGUAUGUAUUGAAAAUGUAUCAACUAUUUAGUGGGGUAAAAAGUGAUAAUAGUAGUAUACAAAAAAUUAUUAAUGAGUAAAAAUAAAUUUUAUUCAAAACAGGCGGGGAAAAAAUCUUUUUAUUUGCUAACCAAUCUCCAGUGCGAUAGUAAUGAUAGAUGUAUUCCCCAGUUUGCAGAGAAUGGCCAAGUUUUUACGAUGGAUGGUGAUUUAUGCAAUGGGUCUGACAACCGUCACUAUUAUUGGGAGAACGCUGCUAACUGAUGAGCCAUUGGAACCAAUAUUAUUACCAGAGUACAUUGAGCCGACGCAAAAUUCAGAUACAGUAUAUAUCGACAGAAUUAGUUCAACAGAUUAUUUGGAUGGGAUCAUAACAGCAGCACAAAUGGCAGAGAUAAGAACAGAGUUGGAAAUUAGAAGAACAAAAGUGAAAAGUGCUUGUGAGAUCCUUGGAAACGAGACAUCUCCAAUCCAUGCAGUGGUUUCUAACAUGAUUGUUGACACAAAGCAUGGAUUAUCUUGGUGCCCGAUUUAUAAAGCUGGCAGUUCAACAUGGAUGGUGCAUUUCGCUGUUUUGGGUAGAACUUUGUCUGAUCUCACAGUAGAGCUGAUUGAACGUAACGUGUUGCAAGUAAAUACUCUUGCUAGACAGGCAUUCCCAAAUGCGGACUUAAAAUCAACACUAGAGAAACUGAAGCACACAAAGAAAUUCAUUGUUGUGCGACAUCCAUUCGAACGACUUUUGUCAGCCUACAGAGACAAAUUAGAGAGUAUGGAAAGCAGAAAAUAUUAUUACAACAAAUAUGGACGCCACAUCACACAGAGAUAUCGACAGAAAACGGCAACUUCUGAUACCAAGCGAGAACCAACUUUCACAGAAUUUCUGAGAUUUAUAGCAAAGGAGAAAUACUUUGAUGAACAUUGGGCUCCUUACAAUCAAUUCUGUAGACCAUGCGUGCUGAACUAUGAUUACAUUUUGAAAUUUGAGACAUUUGAGAGAGAUGAAGACUUUUUAAUCCGAGAAUUAGGACUGAAUCAAUACUUAUACACUAAAAAUAAUGUAAAAAACGUUAAUCCACAAGGGGCAACAACAACAAUGAUCUCUAAGAAAUAUUUUCAAAACAUACCAAAGAUGCUUUUGGAAGAAGUGUACAGAGUAUAUGAAAAGGACUUUAAGCUGUUCAACUAUUCACCUGAUGGCUAUUACCAUAUGACAACAACGUGAGUGUAAUUGAGAAAAUGUGUGAUAACGUGUGAGAAGAUUGUAGGUAUGUAAAUUAUUUAUAAUAAAUGAAUAUUCUAUUUCAUU